UCAAGAACAGCGAGGCAGUCAUUUUAUUUGCUCGGAAAAAAAAACUAGCAGAUCCAACGGAUGUGCGGUCCAUUGAACAUAAAGACAACAAAACUAACCCUUUUAACAAGUUAAGCUGAUUUUUAAAAAAAACUUUUCACUAGUGAUCCCCCAUUGCGUUUCUUUCCCGAAAACAGAAAUUGGGUAUGCUUAUGAGAAGCAGGUGGGCGUUGUUUCCUAGUCGCUCACCAUAUGUCAGUCAUUUCCAGGAGACGUAAAUUACAGCAUGAGGCUCAGCUAUGACUUUUUUUUGUGCUUAGCAGCAUCCACACAGAGAGCAGUUGCACGUUGUGAAAGGAGCUGCAUUUAACCUAGUUUUGUUCCGCCUCUCGCAGAGACAGCACGAUCGUCCCACCCACUUUUGGCUGCUAAGGAGCGAAACGGAGCUCCGAGUGUGGAAAAAGUAUAUAACGGAAAGUCAGCUUCACUCUUGCUUGUGUUGAUCAACGGAUUCCCAGCUUUCAUCUCAAUCCUGAUUGACAGUGUUCCAUCAUUUUGGCUGGCAUUACCUGCUGCUUCCAUUGAAGUGUAACGUGACAGCAGUCUAUGGAAGGAACAGUCUUGUAUUUGGACUAAGGCUUUUGGAGGAUCGAGAAGGCAGAACUAUCAUCUUUUGUUCGCAAAAGGUGACUGCUGGGUGAUGAACAUGCGUAGUAACAGAAUUUAACCAAGGGACUGGAUUUGAAGAUGGACGUCUGGGAAGCAUGAAAAAACGGCGGUACAUUAAGCUGUUCUUGAUGGUGAUGGUUCUCCUUCUUUUCUCCUAUUACUACUUGUAUGACCAAAUUAAAUCCAGUGGGUCCAAAAACACACACCCAUUCUUGUGUUACUCAGACAUCACCUAUAAAAGAUGGCCUGCUAAAACAAUGUCAGUUCCAGAGAUCCUGCCAUUUGGCACGCUGAGCUCAGAAAGACACUUCCAGGCAGUACUUGAAGUUUUGAAGGACUGUGAUCUUCCACAAAACCUGAAAAACCUGUCGUGUCUAAGUUGCGUAGUGGUUGGCAAUGGAGGAGUGCUUCGAAACAAGACUUUAGGGAAAAUAAUUGACUCCUAUGAUGUCGUCAUUAGAUUAAAUAGUGGGCCUGUGAAUGGGUACGAAGAUGACGUUGGAAACAAAACAACAUUUAGAUUCUGUUAUCCAGAAUCUCUCUUCUCUGACUACAGCCAGUAUGAUCCUGACACAACAUUGGUUUUUGUUGCAUUUAAGACAAUUGACUUACGAUGGUUAAAGGAGAUACUUUUAAAGCAGAGAGUGUCCAUGCGUGGCUUCUGGAAAAAUACACCUACAAAUCUAAUUUACAAAAAUAGGCAAAUAAGGAUAUUAAAACCUUCUGUAGUCCAGAAAGCAGCCUUUGAUUUGCUAAAACUGCCCACAGUUGUUCGUUGGCCUAAGCCACCUCAAUAUCCAACAACUGGAAUAAUUGCGAUAUCAAUGGCACUUACAAUGUGUGAUAAAGUUCACGUAGCUGGCUUUAAAUAUGACGUCAAUAAUCCUAAUAGCACUUUGCACUAUUAUGGCAAUGAUACAAUGUCAGCCAUGAAAAAGAUGAUGUACCACAACAUUACUGCUGAACAAAUGCUUCUGAACAAGCUGAAAUCAUCUAAUACAAUAUUUGAUUUGACUGGAAAAUUUUGAAAUAAUCAUCAUUGGAAUUAAUGCUGCUGUACACUGUUGGGGAGAGCUUUCCAUGUUGGCUGGAGUUCUACAUUUUUUUAUACCGGGGAAACAAACCACUACUAAUUGUUGAACUGUUGAAAAAUUUGAAUGCAAGAGAAAUGUAUAAAUUCUGUGUGGGUGGGUGUGUGUGUGUGUGUGUGUGUGUGCGUGUGCGCGCGAUCCUACAAGAGCAGCAUGAAUUGCAAUUGUCGUGUGGCUAUGAGAGCAAUCUUUUCGGACCCUGAGAGAAGCAGCAUUGGAAAGGCUUCUUACUGGCAGCGAUGUAUCAUAGCCAAAAUGGGAUUUCAUCAUUAAAACCUCUCUUAGACUUUGUCAAAAAAGUGGAAUUGAUAUGAACAUCCCUUUUUGAUACUUCUGUAGGUAGCCAAAGGUUAUUUUUACCAGUGAUUGCCCCAUGAUGUAAUCAACAUUGUUUUGGAUGGUGAACGUACAGACAUGGAACAAGGGUAGGCUAUUCAGCCCUUUGUAUGUGCUCUGCCAUUCAAAAAGAUCAUGGCUACUCUGAAUUUAACUUCAGGUCCACAUUCCUGCAUAUCCCUAAUAAUUGUUCAUCCCCUUGACAAUCAAGAAUCUGCCUACCUCUGCCUUCAAAAUAUCUAAAGUUCUGCAUCCAUUAUCUUUUGUGAAGAAGGUAAUUCCAAAAAACUCUUGAAGUUUCCUGUCACAUCUGUCUUAAUUGGCUGACUCCUUUUUAUGUUUGUGCUCUAGAUUCUCCCACAAGUGGAAACACUGUUUCAAUGUCUCUUUCCCCCCUCUCCUCUCC